CCCCGGCUAUCCAAAUGUAUGCAUGCGACCCCUCACAAAAUUCCACAGAUUUAGAUGAAAACCGCACUCAAAACGGUUAACUAUUUCGCCUGGAGGCCUAGCCAAAAUAAUUUCGCCACUGUGGCGACGAUUUCGUUCGACUCCGACAACUCCGAAUUUUCAUUCGUAAUGGCCGCCCAUAAGUAAAAACGUGUCCCGCUGCUGAAGAACGAUUAUACGCGUUUGCGCUAAGCCAAUUGCUUGAAUUUAGCUGUAAACGGUGCGGCAGUGGUAAAUACGCUGAAAACCACAUCAUUUAAUCAUAUAAGAGGCCCCAACGCCCGGCAAAGAGUGUGAAAAAAAUUUUUUAUCAGCCAACCGAUAACACGACAGCCAAGGCGAAAUAAUAAUAAAUAAUAACAAGAAGAGGAAGUCAACAAAUAAGCAAAAGAAAGAAGAACACAAUAUUGAUUUAACCUAAAACGAUGAUGAACUGAAAUGUGCAAAUUUGAUGAACGUAAUUAUGCCAAUUCACACAGAACCUUCGAUUUCAACGUGAAAAAUGUCGUCGACACAUUUGCUGCAUUCACUGUCACUGUUGUUGCUACCACUGCGUUGUCGUCGUAAUUGCCACCAGAUCGUUUCCUUGGCCAUUGUCCUGCUGUCGGCGCUGUCAGCCAGAGCUCCCGAGGAUCAAGGAGGACGACAGGAGAGGGAGGCGGAGGAGGAGGACGAGCGGCAGGCGGACCGCCGGGAGAGUGUCCAGGGGGAGGAGGAGGACACGCCCUACAUAGUCGCCAAUCCACACCCAAUCCUCACUAGCAGUAGCACUACGUCUUCGGCCAGGGCAACGGGCACAGGGGCUGCGUUAACCAGCUGGCAGAGCAGCCACAGCCACCGCAGCCCCGGUGCUCACGAUCGGGAUCGGUGUCAGGAACAGGAACAGGAUCAGAAGCAGCAGCACCUUUUCUACCCCAGCAAGCCCCAUCUCCAGCUAACGUAUACAGCCCCCUCGACAUCGAGUAGAGGAGCCAACACAACGCCGACCACGAAUCGGAGUAGAUCCUCCAGAAUCCAAAUUAGCAGUUGCAGCACUAGUCCUGCCCACUGCAGUUGGACCGCCGGAGCAAUCGUAGCCUCCUUAGCAUCCAUAGCCACCUAAGCAGUCGAUUCCACUAGGCAAACUCUCAAAUCAGCCACAGCAACAGCAAAUAGAAACGUUCCACACACCACAACAACCCAACCCAAAACCACCCACAACCAAAACCCAAACAAAAGCCAGCAAGAUGUCCAAGCUGUCGUUCAGAGCCCGCCAUUUGGAUCCGUCCAAGCAGAUGCCCAUCUACUUGGCGGAGGAGCUGCCCGACCUCCCCGAGUACUCAGCCAUCAACCGGGCAGUGCCUCAAAUGCCCAGUGGCAUGGAGAAGGAGGAGGAGUCGGAGCACCACUUGCAGCGAGCGAUAUGCACGGGUCUGAUCAUCCCCACGCCCGAGGUGCUGCAGACGGAUCAGCCCUUCUACGAUGCCUACUAUCCGCCGGACUACAAAAUGCCCCGCCAAAUGAUCCACAUGCAACCUCUUGGGCUGGAUACCGAGGUCCCUGACUACGACAUGGACAGUGCCGAUGAGGACUGGCUCAGUCAGCAGCAGCGCCUGGAGCUUACCGAACUCAAGUUCGAGCAGAUGAUGGACCGGCUAGAAAAGAGCUCCGGCCAAACGGUGGUCACGCUGAACGAGGCCAAGUCGCUGCUUAACCAGGACGACGAGACCAGCAUAUCCGUCUACGAUUACUGGCUGAACAAACGCCUCAAGAUGCAACACCCGCUGAUCCUCACUGUGAAAACUGAGAGUCGACCAGGCGCCAGCUCCAACAAUCCGUACUUGGCUUUUCGUCGUCGCACCGAGAAAAUGCAAACCCGCAAAAAUCGAAAGAACGAUGAGGCCUCCUACGAAAAGAUGCUCAAGCUGCGACGUGACCUGCAGCGCGCCACCACUAUACUGGAGAUGGUGAGGCGACGCGAGGAGACGAAGCGCGAUCAUCUCAAGAUGACGGUGAACAUCUUCGAGAAGCGCGUUGAGAUGCGCGACUUCAACGGUGCUGUCUACUCCGAGCUGAAUUCUCAGUACAAGAACACAAGACCCGCGUAUAAUCCAUUGUAUACGAAUCAAUACUCACAAGGGGCGGCGGCGGUGGGAACGGCUGGUGCCAUUCUAGCCGCCCUGCCCACGGGUCUGCUGCCGGGCGGUGCUGGAGCGGCAGGCAAUGCAAAUGUCUUCGGCUCAGCGUCCCAGUACCUGAACUCGUCGAAUCUGACAAUGGAUGCCAUCAGUGGCAGUGGGAAUGGAAACAGCAGUCGCAAGGAGAAGCGUCCAUACAAGAAGCGCAAGCACAAAUUGCCCCGCGACAAGCAGCAGCACCAGCAGCAGCAAACGCAGCAGCACCAGCAACAACAGUAUUUGCCGGCGUCUGGUGGCGCCGGAGUCUCGCCCGCGCACCACCUGCCCCACCAUCUGCACCACCUCAGCAGGCAGCAGAGUGCCUCGCCGGCAGCCAACGACUCGAUUGCGGACAGCGAGGAGGAGGACUACUUUGGCGCCGGUGCCCAGAAUGGAAACAAACUGGGCUCCGAGAGCGAGGAGGAGACGCCGUUUGCAUUUAGGCGCAGAUCAAGCUGUGUUUACCUACCGACUCGACAACGAGAUGGCCGCUAUCCGUGGGACUCAGCCGACGAGGAUAUGGCGCCCAGUGGUGCUUGUUCGGAUGCUAAAUACCGUUACACACUGACCUCCCUCAAUUAUCCCAGACCACGCUGCAUUGGCUUCGCACGUCGUCGAUUGGGUCGUGGCGGUCGCAUCCUGCUGGACCGGGCCACAACGAAUUUCGACGACUUUUGGUCGCAGCUUGACUACACGGUGAUGGAAAGCGUGACGGUCAACAAAUGUAGGGAUAAAAUCAAGCAACGGGAUCCCGAUCAGCUGUGCAAGCCCAGCUCACCGCCCACGGUGGUAGAUCUGGUUCCCGCUGGAAAGCCCGUCGAUGGUGAGCAUCCUGUUCCUGAACUGAUAAAGGAGGAGCCGUCAAGCGAUACAGAAAAGCCUGUUGCUGCGACGGAAUCUGGGCGGGAGAGCAAAGAACGGGAGCUUGAGGAGAAAUUUGAGAACGAUGUAGAUGAUGAAUUCGUAGCCAGUGACGAUGAGAAUGUGUCACGGCUUGGAAUCUACAGUUCAGCGGUUACGUUACCCCAAAGUUGUGCUGAUCUUCGCCAGAAACGUCGCCGCCUGCGUCGCAAGAAGCAACAGUUGCGAGAACUUAAUGCCGCAAAGCGUCUAAAGAGGUCUUCGGAAGCGGUGGCAACCGCUGAAGAUGUUCAACUGGAGGACGAGGAUACUAAACCAGAUCUGCGUCCAUUACCCAGGGCUUACCUUCAGCGUUUGGCAUUGAUUCUGGGACAAAAACUAAAGGUGGAAGAGGAUGAUAACACGGAAGUUUCCGAGAAUGUGGCGCCAGAGUUGCUGGAAAUGAAUGAUCCGGAGCAGCUGCAGCCCCCGCGAGCCAAUCAUCAGCAACACCACCGUUCCAACCACAACAACAACAACAAUACCGUGUUGAACAACAACAAUAGUAGUAGUAGUAACGUUAUGAAUAAGGAUGUUAGCAUUAGCGAAAAAAUCAAUGUGAUAAAGCAGGAGGCGGAGGAGCUCGUCGGCGGCAAAUGCGAGGAUCAACCGGUAGCUUCCACCUCGGCGGCAGCGGCCGCCGCUCGUGCCGCUGAAGCAGCCGCUGCAGCGGAGGCAGCCUCAUCGACAACCACUCUUGCGGCACCGAAUCCGGGUCCAUCGCUGGAGGAGGUGGCGAAGACGAUAAAGCGCGAGAUGAUCGAUGCCGACGACUCCAACGAGCCCCUGAGCAGCAUUCGUACAGCAGCUGUCAUGCUGUCCACGCAGACCUCUGUCUCCGAACUCAUGGACGAUGAAGCUGAGGACGAUGUCAAUCUCGCCCAGCUGAGCAGUAUCAUCCGGCAUACGGCGGUCAAGAAGGAACUGGAGGCCCAGCAGCACCAGCAACAAGUACAGCAUGAACAGAUGCAGGCCGCCAGGAAGAUGGAAGAGGAUGAAGCCGCUCCCUGUCUGAACCAGCUGCCUGACGUGAUUCGCUUGCGAAAUAUCCGCAACAGCCAAGUGCAUGCGAGGCCGAAGGACCUGUUUGUACAAGCUCCUGUUGAUGAAGAAUUCAAUGCAGACUACAUGGGUGGACUGUCGCCCACUUCCAGCCAGCGGCUAGACAUCUGCAAUGAGCUGCUUUCGGAGAUCCGGCGCGAUUGGCUACACUUCCGGCCCAAAACUCCCACAGAUGAGCUGUCCGAUAGCCAAGAUUGCGAAGUGGGUAAGACGUGUGAUAGUCACGCUGUCGACUGGACGCAGGACACGCCCAUAAGUGUGGAACUCAAUCGCUUAGGAAAGCGAGAAGCAGAGGAAAGCGAUUCUAGCUCGUACUUUUUGAGCAGUGGCUUUAAAUACAGGGAUCUCGAGUCAGAUGCCCAAUUGCUGCAAACGGUCCAAGCUCAGGACUACGCUCGAGGCAGCAGCAAGAGUCCAAACUGCUCUGGGUCAGGCUCAGGAUCUGCGCUAGAGUUUAAUCUCAGUGGUGGUGACUCCCUAAACGAUAUCAACAACUUGUUGGGCUGUGACGACGAGGACGACAACCACGAGCAUAUGCUAGACAACAUCCUGCAGGAGUGCGCCAUGGAUGAUCCCAAGGCAUUGAACCAAGCUACUAAUUUUUGGAACGGUAUCCUAGAUGGCGAGGCAGCCGUGGACGAAGUGGAAAUGGCCGAUCAGCUGUUGGAUUGUAUAGACGAGAAGAAAUCUAAGGUGGGUGCAGCCGAUACAUCGAAGCGCGCGGGUCGCAACCGCAAGGCAAGAUUGAUCCAAGCUCCAGUGGGUAGCUCCGCAUUUACUGUGUGUCCCACGGCGGAGACUCUGAAGGAACGUGAACUUUUCUUUAGUCAAGCUCCGCCUGUUGAAGUCCCGCCCAAAGAGAAAACGCCAGCAGAAGUUGAACUGCCGGAAGUUGUGGUCAAGGAAACAGCGAAUUUGCCUGUGAAGGUUGAGGCGGUUGAGAAACCCCAGUCGGAGGUUCUUCCCGUUGCCCCACAGCCGCAACAGCUUCAGCCGCAGGCUAUUACUUUGCCCACGACGCAGCUGAUCAACAUACCCGCCCAGAUAAGCACGCAAAAGCAGCAUCAGCAGCCACAGGUGACGCAAUUGCUCAAUCAGUUUGCCAACGCUGGUCCGCAGAUCAUCGCCCGCACAGAAUACGGCGGAGGAGCAGCUGUGGGCGAUAUAGUGACCAUAACCCCGCACACGGGGAGCAGUCCACUCCCCACACUCACCGCCCAGCAACAACUGCAGCACCAAUUGGCACAGGCUCAACUCCGAAAUGUGACCGUCCAGCAGCGACAGGCGACACCUCAAAACCCCAAUCAAAAUCAGAAUCCCCAGCAGCAGUUACUCUUCCAAAUGCAGCGGGAUCCCUCGCGCUCCCUGACGCCCCUACAAGCUGCCGGCGCUGGCGCCACUGGCAACCAUUUGAUCUACACAACAAGCUGCGGCGAGAUUGUCACAGCAGGAGCUGCAGCUUCUGCGUCUCAGAAGGUCACAUAUGCCAUCCAGAAAGCCGGUGUCUCAAGUGGAGGAGCAACCACCGCCUCAAUUGGACCCAACACAGUAAUCACGCUGUCCAAUGUAAAGGUGCAGAACGAUGAUAUCUCCUCUGGUGGUAGUGGCAACUCAGGAUCCAGUGUGAACAUCAUCAACACGGCCAGUGGCCAGCAGUUAGCCGUGCACAGCAUUGCCGGUAUGCAACAGCAGGGCCAGCAACAGGUGCAACAGGUGACCACCAGUACGCCUUUGCUUGUCGCCACACCCACUCGCAACAAUGUGCAGCAGCAACAGCAGCAGUUGGUGCAGCAGCAACCGAUUGUUUGGCGGCAGGUGAGCGGAACGAACACGGCGGUGGCCACCACAGCAGUGCUCUCCACCACGGUGGACUCCUCGCCGAAGGCGGUAACCAACCAGAUCCUCUGGACCAGCCGGGCCACGCAAAAAAGGCAGCUCAACGGGCCAGAGAACACAGACAUCAACAAACUUCUUCUCAAUCGGAAGUUGCCGCGCAAGCAGCAAAUACAACAACAGCACCAACAGAUUCAACUGACAAAGCAGCAGCUUCAACAAUUGGUGCAGCAUGAGGAGUUGGAUGACUUGGUGGCCACAUCGACGGGCAACAGUGGCGAUCAGAUGGAAACCGGCGACGGCCUGCAACAACAACAGCAACAGCAGCAACAACAGCAGCAGCUGCAGAAGCUCAGCAAGGUGAUCAAGAUGUCGCAGUUUCCACUGCUCGUGUCGGAUGUAAGUCUGCAGCAGCAGCAGUCGGUGUCUGGCCAAGCUCAGCAGCAACAAUUAAAGCCCAACUCUGCGGCGGCGAUUGCAGCUAAUCACAACUACAGCCUGCACCCUGCCUCAACGGCGAUCAUCACCGCCCAGGCGACACCCCAGCAGGCCAACAAGAUCUUCUUGACCAGCAGCAACAGUGGUGGCGGCGGAUCCGCUGGUAACUUUACCAUCGCCACUGCCAGCGAACUGCAGGCGGCGGCAGCCGGCCAAAAGCUUCACUACAAGGAGCUGCCCAACUCCAACCUCAAGCUGAACUUUGUGAGCAGUGCAGGGACGGGUGAGCAAACGCAGCAGGUGGGCGCCACAACAGUGCUGCUGAACAAAUCCCAACAGCAGCAGCAACAACAGCAGCAUCAAAAGCUGAAAACGUUGGCCACUACAGGAAAUUCUCAAACUGGCCAGGGCGAUAAGCGAGUGCUGUACACCAGUCUGCUGAAUGUGAAACCGCUGCAGAAGAACAACAGUGGUCAGAUGCAGAUGCAACUGGGACCGGGAGGAUUGCAACAGGUGCUCCGUGGACGACUCAACAAUUCAGCGAUCAUUACUAGAACGCUGCCGCUGGGCACAACUGUUAACAGUACCGGCGGUGCUGUAGGUCCUACCACCACGACUAUUAGGCAGUUGGUUACCACGAAUGCGAACAACGUGAGCAGCCAAGAUGGCAACCUACUUAGUGCAAAGGAAGUGGGGAAAGCCCUGACAGUGGAGCAGGUGAUAGCCAGCGCUAACAACGGAGGAGUUGUGCUGCCCACGAGCAACAACAAUAAUAACAACAAUGGCAGUGGAGCUGGCGGAAAUGGAGGACCUUUGAACAGCGGUGUCAAUGCCACAGGAGCUGGCGGAGGAGGAUCUACAGGCGCGGGUGUUGGGGGAGCUGGUGUGACGUCAACCAUCAACAGAUGAGACGCGGAUGGCAGCGGCAGCAACAGCUAACAUCGAGCACAACCCUUGCAAGUGCCCAACGGCCCUCUGCUCAGUUUGGCAUCAACGCAAACGGAGGCGGAAACCCAGGCGGUGGCCAUAUCCAUGCCUUUGGCGGACGCCCACGUGGCCUUGGGCCAGCUCCUGCAGCAGCAUCACUGCAGCUGCACCGUUUGUUUGGUGAACAAGAGCGAGCUGGUCUAAAGCCAAUCAGUUAGUAUGUUUUUCAGAAGUUCAUACGCAUACACAAAACCCGCGCACUCCCACGAAACCUUCCACCUUGUUGGUGUGAAUAAAAUACGAUUUUCUGAAAAGCUUAUUCAGAAGCGAAAUGUAAACAUCAGAAGGGGAAUCUGUUAGCCAGAGUAGAAAGGGCCAAGAGAGCGGGAUGAAUAUGAGAUAUUGUAUAGUUGAAUGCCACCAUUAACAAAGUUCGCUUAAUUUGAUUUUCUAUAGCCUAUAUAUAGAAGCAUAUGUGUGUAUAAUGAUGUAGGUCUUAUUUUUCAAGAUCGCCUAACCCUAAAACCAUAAUAAGAAUUAAAAUAAUAAAACAAAAUAUAUAUAUAUAUGUACAAUGUAUAUGAAAAUGCAUACAGAGAACUUGGCUCUUUCUCUUGGGCUACAGAUGUCAACCAAUCCUAUCCAAGCUCCAUUCUCCCACUCCUGUCCAACACCAACAACCACAGCAAAAACUCAAGUGUUAAAUAGCAAACUGUAAAUAUUCGAUAAUAAUUGCGAAACACACAAGAUAACAGCAAGAAUUACUUGUAAUAAAACUAUGUUUAGUGAUACGAUUAGUUGUAACGAUGGAGAAGAAAGCACUUCUCUCCGGCUUACGCCGUUUCAGAACCACGCGCUUUAGCCGGGCUGCUCCACCGACGACCCAUCGGCCCCAUCCGGCACCACCCCGAACCCAAAAGUUGGGGCGAGGCAAGUCAGGGCAGCCCGUAAAAACAAAAACAAAAGAGUAAUAACAACAUUUUUCAAUGUACGUAAAUUAAAUUAACUUAUCCUGUAACUUAAACGGAAAGAAAACACAUUAAACUACAUUUAGUUUUUUUAACUAAGGAAUGGAACUUCAGAGGCAACUGAUCUGAGAGAGAUGUAGGGAGUUGCAGAAGAAAACUACUAUUGUAUGCUAUUAUUAUUAUUAUUUUUUGUACAAGGUAAUAAUUUUAAUUGUAUUCGUAACUGCAAACAUAAAAGCAUGUUUAUGCGAUGGCGGCAAGAGAUACGACAGCAUAAGCAUCAUAAUAAUAAAGAUAUAAUAUAAACUAUAAUGAUAACGAUAAUAUUUUAAAAUCCAAAACAAAACCGAGUAAAGCAAAACGAAAAAACAAAAAUAUUUAACAAUAAUUAUGUAGCGAUGUAAUUUCGUAGAUUGUAAAUUGUAGAUCGGUAAGAGCGUAAGCAAGAGCGAUAAUAAAAUGGAAAACAAAUUGCAAACUUAAACCGAGCAAAACUCUGAUUAAUCCGAAAUUCGUGCAGCAACAACUGAUAGCGAGAUUAUCAUUAUCUGUUUGGUUUCCCAUUUUACCAUUUUCAGUUUCAGCACUCGAACCCCCUCAUCAGAUUCUCCAAAUCCACCUCUAACUGAGGGAUUGCAUGUUAGUAUCUUACAUCUUACAUCUUACAUCUCGUACCUUAAAUUUGUAGUAUCGGAAUAUCUGACGAUGGCCACAGCUUGUCUUCUUCGGUCCUUCCUUUAUCUUAAUCAUAUCCUCCAUAAAACAUAAAACAUAAACCAUUUUAUAUACCGAUUGUGAUGCGUACAACAUUUAUGAUUUGACACUUCUGCAACAGCAAAUACGGGUAAAGACGAACACGAAACUCUUUCUAACCAGUCAACAUAUAACAAAUUAGUAAGCGAAAUAUAUAAUGUGAAUUAUAGCUGUGUAUAUAAACAUAAAUACGAUUAAUGCCGACUGUCUGAUAUCCGAGUAAACAUUUAUCUUUCCAUUUUCCAUUUUCGGAUCAUCGAUGCAAAACAAACUUAAGGAUCUUGAGCAGAAAUUUAGUAAGAAUCCAUGAAAUCAUAGCUUUGACUUUGUAAGAGUUUUUUAACUCAUUUUGUCAAGUAUUUUACAAUAUCUGUAAAUAGUUAUAAUAACCAGCCUUGGUCUGAAUUCCGAUUGCUCUUUAAGAUUAAUUCCGUAAUUACAUAUUUCUUUUCAUUAAAACUAAGUUUAUUAUUGAUCCAAAAGCACAAUAUUUCUUGAGAUUUCUAAGGGAUUCAUUAGUUUUCUGAUUCGUUUGCAAGCUGUGUUCAGAACAAGGCUGAAUAUUCAUAUUUUUUAUAUGUACUUAACAGUUUUCAACUUCUUUUGCAUGAAGUGUAAACGUAAAACACAAAGGGAAAUUAUACAAUAUAUAAAAACAAAACAAAUAUUUAUGUAUUAUAUAUAAUCGAUACAGCCAUUUUGCGUAUUCGUAUUUGAACUUAACCAAAACUACAUGUGAAAUUGUUUACAGCGAAGACGGCAGACACAUCUAGACUCUAGUUUCUAGAGGAUACUCGUGCGUAGAAGUUACCCCUCCCAUUUAUCUCCAGUACAUCCUAUCGGCCUAUCGAUUACGCUCUAUAACUAACUAAUACGUGAAAAUUACCAAUCGAGUAUUAAUAGCUUAAUCUGCAUGUAGACUCUCUGUAUAGAACUUAAAGUACUAGAGAUUCAAAAGGUUUUGAGGUACAUUUUGAUUAUCUUUCAUUUUAACAAAUGCCGUUUACUUGAGUUGAUUUAAUGGUUUCAAUCAUUUUCUUACUUUUUCGGGGACUUAGGGCCCAUUGAAUCGAAUCCAAUCCACUAAGCAGUUGAGCUGAUUCCCUUAUCAAAUAUUGUAUAUGAAUGUAUUGUUAGUAAACCAAAAACAGAAAACUGGAAACGCUUGUUGUGGUAAUUAAGUAAUGAAAUCCAAAACAAAAAGAAUACGUAUGUAUGUUUAAUUAACAAAUAUUUAAUCUACAUAAAUGAGACUACUUGCAAUACUGUAAAAAAUUAAACGAAGCACAAGAAAAUAAGACAAACGAUUAACGAGAAUAUUUAACCAAUAUUAUCGUAGAGAUCGAUGGAUAAUUAAAUAUACUUAUGAUUAAAUUGGAAAUAAUAAACAGCCUAAGCGAUUUUAACUGUUUCUUGCAUAAGCAAACAAGAAGUUUACCAUUACACAUUUAGGUGCAUAAAGCUGAGAACUCAUUAAAAUAUGUGUAAUUACGAAUCGGAUACGGAUUGCGGGCCAUAACCCUUCCAUAGAAGUGUCCGAAUUUCAAGAUGUACAUAUAAUAAACCGAUAUAUAAAUACAAAUAUCAGCGGUGAUGAGCAAUUACGAAUAUUACGGAAAACUAAUUGAAAGCUGACAGAAUCCAAAAAUGCAACCAAAAUUAAAUGCAAAACGACAGAGUGCAUGAUUACAACAUGAAAUAAAAAAUAUAAAAAAUUU